AUGAGCCGGAGUCGGGCCCACGACUGGAAUAAGGAGAGAGUCAUCUUGGACAGAAGAGGCUCCGACGGGGAGUAUGAUAUCCGUUCUCCGGGCGACUCUCACCGCAAUGCUCGACCUCAACCGAGCUACUACGGGCCGAACUUUUCGGACGUCGAGAAGCGUCGCUCAUCAUCUCUGGCUUAUGGAGAUAUCAGGCACCCUGUGACGCCUGAUCGCUACGGCAAGCGCCCACAGCCAUAUCCUCCGCAUGUGGCCAAGGAAUAUGAUGAAUACAAGAAGUAUGACAAGCUAUAUGCAAAGGCCAAGGCAAAGACGGCCGACAAUAAGACUCUCCUCAAGACUCCGGUGCACGACGACAAGUAUCGGCAGAAUAUAGAAAUGGCUCGUGACCUUGCGCAUGGCAGCAGGGUGGCAGCGAACACUGCUUCUGCUGUCCGAACUGGGUUUGCUCAUAAAUACCCAUAUGCGUACGACGGCCUGAGAGGCACGCAGGGGCAUGAAAGGGCAAUUGAGACUCUUCAGAAGGGGGCGAAGAAUGCCGCCAAGGCAGAACGGAGUGCUUCCAGAUUACUGGCACGGCGAUGA